UGGGGAUCGGAUCAGACAUCGGUGGGAGCAUCCGCCUGCCCGCCAGCUGGUGUGGAGUGGUGGGCAUCAAACCCACCGCUAAGAGGAUGUCUAGGAGGGGACUCGUUGGGGCCCUCAGGCCUAUUGGCAUAUUUGGAACCUGGGGCUUAAUGGGCAAAGACGGGGCUUUUGUGGCCGAGGCGACCAAGGCGAUUUUCUCCGCGGCCGACUUCCAUGCCUGCGAUCCGGAGGUGCCGCCUCUGUCCUGGAACGACAGCGUCUACCUGUCCAAGAAGGCCCUCCGUGUCGGAUGGUUCGACUCGAUAUCCCUCUUCCCCAGCACUCCGGGGGUGAAGCGCGCUGUGGCGCAAGCCGUGGCGGCCUUCGAGGCUCUAGGCCACGAAGUGGUCGCGUUUCCUGAACAAAAUUGGAUGGAAGUCCUCGACAUUUUCGUUCAAUUACUCUUUGCCGACCAAGGAAAGUGUACGGAUCCUCUGCUGGAUGGCGAAACUGUAGACAAAGAACUUCUGUGGUACAGAUCGUUUGCUGCGGUGCCGCCCGACCAAACUGAAGAUCGUUGUCCCGAACUCCAACGACAGUUUGGAAGCAUAGCUGUCCAGCACAGCUUUGGCAAAUUAUCUAGCUGCACAGAUUUGUGGAAGAAGAUGAUGGAGAGAAGCGUGUUUGUCAACACAUUUUACCAAAACUGGAAUUCAAAUGGGCUGGACCUGCUAUUAUGUCCCGUCUAUCCGUCUCCUGCGCCCAAGACUGAGCAAGUCGGAAUAAUAACUUUCUCUAUGGUGCUGACCUUGAUGUUCAACGUUAUGGACUACCCCGCCGCUGCCGUGCCUGUCACUCGGCAAACCCAAGAAGACGAGCUAGACAUUGCCAACUAUUCCUGCACCGACAAAAUCCAUGAUCUAAUUAAGCAAAACGGACGUGACGCUGUAGGCCUGCCUCUCGGCGUUCAACUUGUGGCGCUGCCAUACGGCGAAGAACUGCUGUGCCGGGCCCUAGCCGAGCUGUCCAACUCCCUCAAAUAUAAAUACUGAGCUGCAGCUUUACUGCAUGGAGCUGCUGUGCCGGGCUAUAGCCGAGCUGUCCAACUCCCUCGAAUAUAAAAACUGAAGUGCUGCACAGCAUUAGCUCCUGUACCGGUCCCUAGCCAAGAUAUCCAACUGACCAAACUACAAAUAGUGAACUGCUACACUGCAGGAGCUGCUAUGCAAUAUAGCGACUAAUAUAUAUAAUAUAGUGACUGGAAUUCAUAAUUAGCACAAUCAUCAAUUUUGAACGUCAUAAUUAUUUGUAUUAAAUUCCCUAGCUCGUUGAACACUAUUUUUUGUAUCUUCGUGUAACUUUAUUAGCUGACAUUCAUCUUAUUUACUUUAAUGUUCUCUGUUGUUCAAUUAUAAACUUUUAAAUAAUGGUAUGAGAAUCAUAUUGCUAUGUCAUCACCCACGCAGGUGUUGGUCGGCGCAGCAUUCUCCAAUCCAUCAAUAAACCUAUUUAAUCUUCA